AUUCUGAAUACCGGACACUGGGCACUGGACGUUGAACACAUCAGAUCGGUUCGAACACGCGAUACCCCCAAAUUAAUGAUUUCGAAGACGAUAGCGACGACCGCGAGAUUUGUCAACGCACACCAUCGCGUUUUCACCUUCGUCCCUCCUUCAUUGUGAGACGAUCUUUAGCCGGUUGCCUUACCUGUCUACGCGAGUUUGACGGCUUAGCCUCUCUCUACUUCGUAUACCCUUCCAUAUUGACUCUGGCAUGAUUUAAUUCUAUUCUUCCGGAAAUCACUUUUAAUCACGCUUGGCGCAUCCGACGUCACGAUGCUCAUGACGCAGUCCCCGGUGUCCGCAAUCGUAACAAACCAGAAAGAUAACAAGUACAAUUCGCGCAAUCGAUCUCGGUCUAACACACUAGACAAGAACCCUGAUUCUGCUAUAGAGCUUAGGAACCCGGCAUCGUUGGGUCAGUCCAGCGGUGACCGCGACUACAACCCUUAUAAUUACAAGAUGAACGGCAUACUAGGAACUGCGCCUCCCGGCACAUUGUACGUACGAGCACUUUACGACUAUGAGGCUGACGACCGAACAAGUCUGAGUUUCCACGAAGGCGACGUGAUUCAGGUCAUCACACAGCUCGAAAGUGGUUGGUGGGACGGUGUCAUCAAUGGGGUCCGAGGCUGGUUCCCAAGUAAUUAUUGUCAGAUCAUCACAAACCCCGAGGAGAUCCCAGAACACAUGCAAAAUCUCGAUGAGGACAAUGGAGACGAUGAGCUAGAAGAUCAAGUAGUAUAUGAGGAGGAGUACGAUGACGAGAAUGAGUCAGAUGCUGACUUAACCGGGUUACCUUUCGAAGGCGAGAAGACGAGGAAAUCUGGUGCCGAUUUCUGGAUACCACAGGCCACACCCGAUGGCAGAUUAUUCUACUACAACACCAACACUGGAGAGAGCAGUAUGGAGCUCCCACUCGAAUCGCCGACUUCUAGCGCCGAAAACGGGCCCCGGGACCGGAUGAACGUAAAUAUGCCGGAGAGGACGAGGCUACCAUCAGAAGUCAUGGUAAGAGGUUUGAUGCAAGAUGAAGAUGAAGAUUCGGAGGCAACGUCAGCUUCGGAACUUGAAGGUGAAUUGUUAAUGAAGAGCUCGAUGGGUUCCUUGCCCCCACGACGUCGUGGUUACGGUAGCGACAGCGUCGGAGUCUCUCCAUCGCCAUCCAUGGACUCUAUCAAUGGCUCCCAGGGAAUACGAUCCCGAACUGACACAUUCAUCAAUACUAACAUCGCAAUGUCCGCCGGAGGUCAAGUACCGACAUUGGCAUCGGCUACAUCCUUCACCGGUGCUGGUUUUAACCUUCCGCAAGCAGCUACGAUACCUCGCUCCUUUUUCGAUGACGGCACGACGCAGCCCCUGUCGUGGAACCUUCUCAUAGCAAACAUGAAGCAUGCUAUCGACCGCUACCGAGAUGCAAUCACGAGUAAUAAUAGGUCCGAGUAUGUUUCUCGCGCAGAGGAUAUCUCUGAUCAUUUGCGACUGCUACUUGCUGCCGGUUCGGGUACUACAGAUAACCACUCAGGCCAACCUUCUAUCAUUUCUACUAACAAAGCGCUCUAUCCCCAUUUCCGGGAUAUGAUGUCUAAGUUUUCUAAGCUUGUUAUCUCGUCGCAUAUAGCUGCUGCCGACUGGCCGAACGCCGAGUCCGUCCAGAAGUGCAUGCAAGAAGCCGACGGUGUGCUCGGAGGUGUUUUCAGCUUCGUUGAAGUCGCAAGGCAGCAAAGGGGAGAAGAGAUUCCGCGACUGUUUCCCGGCUUUGUCAUUGGUAGCACGACUGGUGGAAGCUGGCAAAACAACGGACUUGGUCCUCGCGAUCCCAUCACGUCGAAUUUCUUGGAGGACGAUGAUAUAUAUGCCGAACCAACGGGAAUUCUCGACGGGAAACUUCUUGAAAGGCUCGACGAGUACAAGAGGAUGCUGGUUUCCAGUAUCAGGGAGCUAGAAAAGAAUCUUGGAAUAUCGGACAAGAUUGUAUCUCCGUACAAACACGAACUUGUUGGCAACAACGUCUGCAUCGCCGGCGGAAGGGUUUUGGAAAUGUUUAAACCUUGGAUCGCGAUGAUCGAGUCCAUUGAUCUUUCGUCGCUUGGAAAUACCAUCCAAACACCUCAGCUUGCCGACUACGGCACCAACAAGCAAAGUCUCUAUGAUAAUAUAUCUGACCUUGUUUUAGGGUGUCAAGCUGUCGCUGGUCCGCUAGGCGAUGAAUGGUCCGAGGUUCGCGGUGAGUCGUUGGAAGGCAGACUCGAAUAUGUUAGACAGUGCGCUAGAGCAUUGGAAACAAAUUCUUCUCACAUUGGCUUUUCACUCCAGCUUCUCUCUGAACAGGUACAGAUCAACAUGCAGCAGCGGCAGGAGGCUCGUAUGCGGGAGGACAGCAUAGGGAGGGAACCACCCAGAAGAGAUACCAUGCCCUCUUACGAUCCGAUCCACUCCCGUUCUGGUUCUCGUAACCUGUUAGACGCUAGGCCGGCUCUAAUGGGAUCUAUAUCCUACACCGAAGGCGAAUAUCCCGCGAAGCCCAGAAAGACUAAUAAUCUUUCAAAGAUCGCGCAAAUCCUAGGGGAGGGGUCUGUUCCCCAAAGCGCCAUUCAACAAGUCGAGGAGACGCCUGCAUUCUUGCGACUUGAUCUUGAAAAUGACCUGUCUUGGGAUCUUAAGUCGACGCCGCCGGCAGUUAAAGGUGGUACACUCUUGGCGUUGGUCGAGCAACUGACGAGACACGACAAGUCGGAUUUCAGCUUCAACAACACGUUCCUUUUGACAUAUCGAUCAUUUACGUCAGCACGAGAACUAUUCGAACUCCUGGUCAAGCGCUUCAAUAUCCAGCCACCGGAAGGAUUGAGUUCCGCUGAUUACGAUAUUUGGAGGGAUCGGAAGCAAAAAUUAAUCCGCUUUCGUGUUGUGAACAUCAUCAAGACUUGGUUUGAGAAUAAUUGGAUGGAGGAAACGAGUGAUGAGACUAAACAGCUCAUCAGAGAUGUCUACGCUUUCGCACGAGACACCGUCAAGUCCACGGAAACCCCCGGUGCAAACAAUCUCAUGUCCGUCUUAGACCAGCGUCUCAACGGCAAAGAAAUUUCUUCCAAGCGCAUGGUCCAAACGUUUGCUAACAAUGUUCCGCCGCCAAUUAUGCCAAAGAAUAUGAAGAAGCUCAAGUUCCUUGACAUCGAUGUUACCGAGUUUGCUCGCCAGCUAACAAUUAUCGAAUCGAAGCUAUACGGCAAGAUCAAGCCGACGGAAUGCCUCAACAAGACUUGGCAAAAGAAGGUUGGCGAAAACGACCCUGAGCCGGCACCAAAUGUAAAGGCGCUUAUCUUACAUUCUAACCAAAUGACGAAUUGGGUUGCCGAGAUGAUUCUCGCCCAAAUGGAUGUGAAGAAGCGAGUGAUUGUCAUCAAGCAUUUCGUUUCAGUCGCAGAUAAAUGCCGGGGCCUUAAUAACUUCUCUACUCUAACAUCGAUCAUCUCCGCCCUUGGUACUGCUCCGAUUGCUCGUCUAAAGCGAACCUGGGAUCAGGUUCCAGCUAGGACUCAAGCCGUUCUAGAGACAAUGCGACGUCUAAUGGCGAGCACGAAGAACUUCGGCGAAUACAGAGAGACUCUACAUGCAGCAAAUCCGCCAUGUAUUCCUUUCUUUGGCGUCUAUCUUACCGAUCUCACGUUUAUUGAGGAUGGUAUUCCGUCGAUCAUUAAGAAGACGAACCUCAUUAACUUUGCCAAACGCGCAAAGACAGCUGAAGUGAUCCGUGACAUUCAGGUUUACCAGAAUUCACCGUACUCACUUCAACCCGUGCCCGAAUUACAGGAUUACAUUCUUAGCAAUAUGCAGGCAGCUGGAGACGUACAUGAGAUGUACGACAAGAGUUUAGUAGUUGAACCGCGUGAGCGCGAAGAUGAGAAGAUCGUAAGGUACGUCGCCACCAGAAUUAAGUGAUUAACAUCGGGGCUUACCUUUCCAUCGUACAGAGUUCUCGCUGAGUCCGGUUUCUUAUGAGCCAACCCCACUUGGCAUCCAUACCAGGCCGUGCCACACAGCUGUAUGCUUGACGUAAUAUUAAACCAGGUCGUGCACAAAAUAGCAAAUAGGCUUGUUUGGACUAUUUGGGUUACGAUAUGGGUGGGUAGGGGUUAUCAUUCAUCGUAUUGUAAACCAUCUUUCCAAUGCUAUAUGGAGCCAGCAUUACUUGGAGAUUAUCUUUACAGCACACUGGGGGUUCCUGGUACCCCUCGGCUUAUGUUCAAGCAGAUUCUCCCGGCUUU